GAACGCACAAAGAGGAAGUUGUUGUCAAGUGUCGCUAGCACUGCCGGGCCAGUAGCAAACAUUUAGAAAUAUGUCUCUACUUUUCUCCCAUAACACCGCAGACAUUUAAAAAUAACUCUGGAGGAAGCCGUCGCCUUGUUGGAACUAUAUUUAGUUGUGAUGGUAAUUUCAUUUUCCUGGGCUAUUUACUUUAUAUUCGUGUCGAAGCCGUUGUUUGGGAAAAAUUAGCUAACGUUAGCAAUGGGUCGAUGACACAGACUGCACUGCAGCAGAAGAGUUUGAGCAACGCCCAGCUUCUUGCAUUAGUGAAGGUGUGAAGAGGGCAGAUGGAUUUCUCCAAAUUCCUGGACGAUGAUUUUGAUGUGAAAGACUGGGUGAACGGCGCCUUCAAGGUGGUGCAGAAGGACGCGCCGGGGAAGGCUGACACGCACGCAGCCACACUGGUCAUGAAACUGCAGCUGUUCAUCCAGGAAGUCAACAAUUCAAUUGAGGAGAGCAGCAAUCAGGCCCUCCAAAAUAUGCCCAGAGUGCUGCGAGACGUAGAGGCUUUGAAACAAGAAGCUUCCUUCCUCAAGGAGCAAAUGAUUCUGGUCAAAGAGGACAUCAAGAAGUUUGAGCAGGACACUGUGCAGUCUAUGCAGGUCCUGGUGGAAAUAGAUCAAGUGAAGGGACGCAUGCAGGUGGCAGCUGAAGCUCUGCAGGAGGCAGACAAAUGGAGCACACUGAGUGCAGACAUUGAGGAGACCUUCAAAACACAGGACCUUACAGUGAUCUCCUCCAAGCUGACCAGCAUGCAGAACAGCCUGGCCAUGUUGGUGGACACACCUGACUACUCCGAAAAGUGUGUCCACUUGGAGGCUCUGAAAAACAGACUGGAGGCCCUGGCAAGCCCACAAAUAGUGUCAACCUUUAAUUCCAUGUCUUUAGACCAAGCCAAGCUGUUUGUUAAAGUCUUCACAGAGAUAGAUAGAAUGCCACAGCUCCUUGCCUACUACUACAAGUGUCACAAGGGCCAGUUGGUGAGCAUGUGGCAGGAUCUCUCUCAGAGCGAGCUCAGUCUGAAUCAGCAGCUGUCCGAGUUCUACGACACGUUGCUCUCUACAUGGCAUUCUCAACUACAGUGGAGCAGCCAGGUGUUCAAGAACCCGUAUGAGGUGGUGACAGUGUUGCUGAUCCAAACUCUGGGGGCCAUGGUGCCAUCCAUCCCUGUGUGUUUGAGCACGGCCGUGGAGCGGGCAGCCCAAGAGCAGCGUCUCGACACCCUGCUGGAACUCCAUCACACCACGUCCACCUUCGGACACAGCCUGGAGGCCGCCAUGCUGCCGCACCUGGGUGAGAAUAAUCUGCUGAAGGUGAAUGAGCUGGUCUGUGCGCUGUACGACCCCUACAAACCUUAUCAACUACAGUAUGGAGAUCUGGAGGAAGCUCACCUCCUUAUCCAGAUCAGUGCUGUGCCUUUGGAACACGGGGAGGUAAUUGACUGUGUGGAAGAGUUGAGCCACUCUGUCGGCAAGUUGUUCGGCCUGGCCAGCGCUGCUGUGGACCGCUGUGUCAAACUGACUGACGGACUGGCCGUGUGUGGCCUCCUCAAAGCCCUCAAAGCCCUCUUUACCAAGUAUGUGUCGGACUUCUCCACAACACUGCAGUCAAUCAGGACAAAGUGUAAACUGGAGGAAACGCCAAGUUCAUCUGUUUUCCAGGAGGACUGGACAGCUUUCCAGAACUCUGUCAGGAUUAUUGCCACUUGUGGAGAAUUGCUUAGACAAUGUGGAGCCUUUGAGCAGCAGCUGUCAAACAAGAUCCUGGGCACGGCAGGUAAGUACUUGUCCGAGUCAUAUAGCCCACGGAGCCUAGCAGGCAUCCAGGAGGCCAGCUCCACAGAGAAGAAGAGUUCCACCAAGAACCCCUGGCAGGAAUACAACUACCUUCAGAGGGGAAACAUGGCAGAAUACAACAGCCUGAUGGAAGUGCUCUACUCCCUAAAGGAGAAGGGCACAGGGAACUCCAACCUAUUAGCAGAGCCCAGGGCUGCUCUGACCAGACUCAACCAGCAGGCCAACCAGCUGGCUUUCGACUCUGUCUUCCUGCAGAUCAAACACCAGCUCUGCCUCGUCUCCAAGAUGGAGAGACAAGAGGCACCUGGUUUUGGAGAGAGCUACACAGAGGACCUACCUACUUUCAGCCUGUCACCGCAAGAAUACAUAACAAAUAUAGGGCAGUACCUGAUGUCUCUGCCUCUCCAUUUGGAGCCAUUUGUUUCUCAGGAGGACCCGGCACUAGAGAUGGCCCUGCAUGCUGGGAAGCUGCCUUUCCCUCCAGAGCAAGGUGACGACCUUCCCGAGCUGGACAACACUGCAGACUACUGGCUGGGCUCCAUUGCUCGGGCAACGAUGCAGACCUACUGUGAUGCCAUCCUGCUCAUUCCCCAGCUGAGCACCCGUUCCACUAAACAGCUGGCCACAGAUAUCGACUAUCUGAGCAAUGUGAUGGAUGCUCUGGGCCUGCAGCCCUCCCGCAGCCUGCAGCACAUCGUCACCCUGCUGAGGGCCAAACCAGAAGACUACAGGCAGACCGCCAAACUGCUGCCUCGUCGUCUGGCCUCCACCAUCGCUGCCCUGCGGUUCAUCGACUAUUAACAGCAAGGGAGAGGAAGAUAGACUCUGUAGGUAUAGUGUCUCAGAGCUCUACCGGGGGACUCGCAGGCAUGUUUGACCUAAUUCUAGGUUGUUGACAAAGUGAAGAAGAAUGUGAUAUCGAUAGUAGUUGGUUUACAUGUUACAAUCCCUUAAAAUCUCAGAUUUGGGCUGCAGCAUUUUAGGAUUAUAGUUAUGUCUGAAUAGGAUUUCUGGGAAUGUAAAGAGAUUGAAAUCAGGGUGAUUCAGACUUUUUUUUUAUACUGAUAAAUGUUGAACUAAGUGUGGCUUUGAAUGAUGUUUCACCUGUGAUAAUGCCUUCAAGUCAAGCCAAAGGGUGAAAAUGUAUUGACUAUAUAUUUCUGCAUUUUUAAGUUGCUGAAGAAUCUAAGGAAGUAACAAAAUGUACAUCAGGGACGUGUGAGAGCAUUUGAAAACUAAAUGACUGAUAUAUACUUAAUUAUUUGUCAUACUAAUAAAAUUCAUCUAUGAUAUUAAAUUAUAUUAAGGUAAUAUUUCUGAUUUGAGGUUUAUUGUUUCCUGUUAACUGAGCUUCAGAUUCAGCUGUUGACUUCAAAUGUACAGGUAAAGGUGAUCUCUAUCUCUCUUUCUCUCUCUCGUUGUAGUAGGGGCUGAACAAAUAAGAUGGAUAGUCUCCAUUUGGACGUUGUCCCAUAUAGUCUCAUAUUUUCCCAUGCAGUAUCACUUAUUCACUAGAUGAAGUAUGGGGUUGAAUGAGUUUGUAAUGUAGUCACUCUACUUUAAUAAAUGUAUGGCUUCUGCUAAAA